AUGGAAGAACUCAAUUUCAAACGUUUAUCUUUCUUGCUUCUUGUAAGCUUAGGGACUGUCUGUUCUGCUAAUAGAUUACGCCUUAAUGACAAUGUUGUUAAUCAGGGUUCUUCUGACCCUGUUGGUUCAGUGAGUGCUCUGAGUAUUAAUGGUGGUUCUGCCUCUGGUUCGAUAGGUGCUGUGGCCAUUAAUGGUGAUUCUGGUUCUGGGUCUGGAUCUGGGUUUGGUUAUGGUUCAGGUAGUGGUGGUGGUGGUGGUGGUGGGAGUUUAGGGUAUGGUACUUGGGGUGGGUUGCCUGGUUUGGUCAAUAUUAUUCCAGGAUUCAGUAUAAGCAGUACAGGAUUUGGCAAUAUUUUUGGCAAUAACAAUGGUGGACCUGGUGGGCAAAUGAGCGAACCUAUUGGCUUCACCGGCUCGGUGAAUGUUUUUGCUGGCAGUGGAAAUAGACCCAGUACUGGGUCAGAUCCUGUAGGGACUAGGACUCAAGGAAAUGGUGCUGGCAGUAUUCCAAGUUCUAGAAUUGAUAAUGGUGGGUCUGGUCCUAACCCUGGAAUUAACGCUGGCAGUGGAAAUAAACCCAGUACUGGGUCAGAUCCUUCAGGUACUAGGGCUCAAGGAAACGGUGUUGGAAAUAUUCCAAGUUCUAGAAUUGAUAAUGGUCGUGGAUCUGGUGGGUCUAGUUCUAAUCCUGUAAGUAUUGAUGGGACUGGUCCUAAUGCUGACGCUGUUGGUGGGUCUAGUCCUAACUCUGAUGGUGGAUUUGGAGGAAGUGGUCCUAACCGUGGAUUUAUAGGUCCUACCCCUGGUGGGACUGGUGGGUAUGCAAUUCCUGGAUGGAGUUGGAGUGCUGGCCAGGCUUUGUAUUGUACACCAGUGAGUUGUCUAAAUGGGCGAUGUGGAGGUGUUGGAUCAUACUUUGCCUUCAACAGCUUGCCCCAGAUAUUUGGAGGGAUCAGCAAUGAACCCACUAAUAGAGGAGCAUCAAAUGGAAAUGAUAGCUCAUCAUCUGCGGUACUGGGAAGCGAAGGCGAUGAUUCAGAGCUGCGUGAUCAUGAUCAACAGAAAACUGUAGCUGCAAUGGCACCAGAGUCUGACUAG